UUCGUCCACCACAUCGGCUUCUCUCUCUACGUUCGAAACCCCAGCAAUUUAUUUGUUCCCUCGUAUUUUUGAUACUUUGGCAUGGAAAGGCUAAGCGACAAAAAGCGAGUUCGCGAUGACUCGGACGAGUCCCAGUUGGACUCGCCGGAGGUGAAGCGACUCAGAGAAGAUCUCCUUGGUAAUCUUGACGACUCGGAUCUGGGCUCCACUAGCCCGGACCUGGACUCCUUCAUGAAGAGCUUUGAGGAAGAAAUAUCCGCCUCGUCGCCGCCGGCCACGGUCGUGGACCUAACGUCUGAGUCCGGCGAGUCGCAGCCGGAUCUCGGGUUCCUCCUUGAAGCAUCCGACGACGAGCUCGGUCUGCCUCCUACGGCGACAGCCUCGUCGAGCGAGAAGGGCAACGACGUGGUGGAGUUGGUGCGAGUUUCGCCUGAGUCGUCCGAAGAAUUCGGUGAGCUUUGGAGGUUCGACGACGAUCAGAUCUCGGGUUAUGACUCGUUCGCGUUUGAUUAUGCGGACAACUAUAGCGGCAAUAACAACGGUGAGUACGUGGCGCUAGACGGGUUGUUUGAGUAUUCGGAUGGAAGUUUCGUAUCGGGCGACUACCCAGUUCCCCUGUGGCGGCCGGAAACGAUGCCGAGCCAGUAGUCGGCAGUUAUGAUAUUAGGGGAAAAAGCGUAUUGUAAAUUCUUUUAUUUUUAUUUUUAAUUUUUGGUUGUUAAUUAAAAAGUAGAGGUGGUCAGGUGGACAUACAAAAUAUACACUGUAACAGUUGGAAAAAAUGAGAAGACGAAAAUCAAAUCAGACAUUUAUGUUCAA